CUUGAAUGUAGCAUAGUAGCUGAACGGCAGCAGGAUCGGAGUCCAGCAGCGUGGAGAUGUCGGACCCGGCGGCGCAGGCCUUGCAACCCCGGCUUCUCCAAGCCCAGUCUGCUGGGUCGGCUGGGUCCAGUGCUGCCGCAACAGGCUCCGGGUCAGGAAACAGCGACCCGGCGAGACCGGGACUAAGCCAGCAACAGCGUGCAAGCCAGAAGAAAGCCCAAGUGCGAGCUUUCCCACGGGCGAAAAAGCUUGAGAAACUUGGCGUAUUCUCCGCAUGCAAGGCAAGUGACACUUGCAAGUGCAAUGGAUGGAAAAACCCCAAUCCUCCAUCAGCCACACGUAUGGACCUGCAACAGCAAGCAGCCAGCCUGAGCGAGCCCUGCCGCAGCUGUGGACAUGCUCUGGCUGAUCAUGUGUCCCACCUGGAGAAUGUGUCUGAGGAUGAGAUUAACAGGCUGCUUGGGAUGGUGGUGGAUGUGGAGAACUUGUUUAUGUCAGUACAUAAAGAGGAGGACACUGACACCAAACAGGUGUACUUCUACCUUUUCAAGCUACUGAGGAAAUGCAUCCUGCAGAUGAGCCAGCCGGUUGUGGAGGGAUCCCUCGGUAGUCCACCAUUUGAAAAGCCCAACAUCGAGCAGGGGGUUUUGAACUUUGUUCAGUAUAAAUUCAGCCACCUGGCACCAAAGGAAAGACAGACUAUGUUUGAGCUGUCAAAGAUGUUCCUCUUGUGCCUAAACUACUGGAAGCUGGAGACACCAACACAGUUUCGCCAGCGCACCCAGAAAGACGACGGGACAGCUUACAAAGUUGACUACACCAGGUGGCUGUGCUACUGCCACGUCCCUCAGAGUAACGACAGCCUCCCGCGCUAUGAGACCACUCAGGUGUUCGGCCGCAGUUUGCUCAAGUCCAUCUUCACUGUGACCCGGCGGCAGCUGCUGGAGAAGUUCAGGGUGGAGAAGGACAAACUGCUCCCAGAGAAACGCACACUUAUCCUCACACACUUCCCCAAGUUUUUGUCCAUGCUGGAAGAGGAAAUCUACGGUGAAAAUUCCCCCAUCUGGGAGGCUGACUUCACAAUGCCAGCCUCUGAUGGCACACAGCUCGGGCAUCAGACAGUGAUCAGUCCGGCUGCAGUGUCUGGCUCCCCUGCGCUGCCAAAAGGCCUGAGCAGCAUCUCAUCUUUGGGCAGUAUAGACACAGCAGGAGCUGAGCCAAUCACAGGAGAGAAACGUAAACUUCCUGAUGCACUAACUCUGGAGGACGCCAAGCGGAUCCGUGUGAUGGGAGACAUACCCAUGGAGCUGGUCAAUGAAGUCAUGAUGACUAUUACUGACCCUGCUGCCAUGCUGGGACCAGAGACUAAUCUGCUGACGCCCAACGCUGCCCGCGAUGAGACUGCCAGACUGGAGGAGAGGCGGGGCAUCAUAGAGUUUCAUGUGAUUGGGAACUCGCUCUCCCAGAAGUCCAACAAGAAGAUCCUGAUGUGGCUUGUGGGCCUGCAGAAUGUUUUUUCUCAUCAGUUACCUCGCAUGCCUAAAGAGUACAUCACCAGGCUGGUGUUUGACCCAAAGCACAAGACCCUCGCCCUCAUCAAAGACGGGCGCGUCAUUGGUGGUAUUUGUUUUAGGAUGUUUCCCACUCAGGGCUUCACGGAGAUCGUCUUCUGUGCUGUCACAUCCAAUGAGCAAGUUAAGGGCUACGGUACCCACCUGAUGAACCACCUGAAGGAGUAUCACAUCAAACACAACAUCCUCUAUUUCCUCACAUACGCUGACGAGUACGCCAUUGGCUACUUUAAGAAGCAGGGCUUUUCCAAAGACAUCAAAGUGCCGAAGAGUCGAUACCUGGGAUACAUCAAAGACUAUGAGGGAGCGACUCUCAUGGAGUGUGAGCUGAAUCCCAGAAUCCCUUACACCGAGCUCUCUCAUAUCAUUAAGAGACAGAAGGAGAUUAUUAAGAAGCUGAUUGAGAGGAAACAAAGCCAGAUCAGGAAGGUUUACCCAGGUCUCACCUGCUUCAAAGAGGGCGUCCGGCAGAUCCCUGUGGAGAGCAUUCCAGGCAUAAGAGAGACGGGCUGGAAACCCAGUAACAAGGACAAAGGGAAAGAGGUGAAAGAUCCUGACGUGUUAUACAACAUGCUGAAGAACCUCCUGGCCCAGAUAAAGACUCACCCUGAUGCCUGGCCCUUCAUGGAACCAGUGAAAAAAUCAGAGGCUCCAGAUUACUACGAGAUCAUCCGCUUUCCCAUUGACCUAAAGACCAUGACAGAGAGACUGAAGAACAGAUACUAUGUGACCAAGAAGCUUUUCAUUGCCGACCUGCAGCGGAUCAUCAGCAACUGUCGCGAGUACAACCCUCCGGACAGCGAGUACUGCAAGUGUGCCAACACUCUGGAGAAGUUCUUCUACUUCAAAUUAAAAGACGGAGGCUUGAUUGAGAAAUGAACUCCACAGAGUUAUUUGAACGAUGAAGGGUGUCUUUGACAGCCGCCUCGCACAGAGAUGGAACAGUUUGAGGAGGACAUCGCUAGCUAUUGUCAUAUCUGAGUUAAUAAAAGGGUAUGUACUGACAUAUUUACAGGGGAGCUGUUGGACUUGAACAAACAUAACUGAAGGGGCUGGUUUGAAAUAUCAAAGCCAGUUAAGUUACAAAGUGUCAAAACAGCAUUACCUUUACUCUUAAAGAAGUUAUAUUGAGUCAUUUCCCACUUCUCACAGUGAGCUAAUAAUCUGCAUAUCCAUGUUUCAUUAAGUGUACCAAAGUUAUAGGUCCAAGUCAUACAAUGCCACUCUUUCUAUCGUUAUUUAAAGCACGAUCGACCUGAUUUUGUCACAUUAAAUAACAGUUCAUUCCACAUCCUUAAGACUUGUCACUCGAGCAGAUGUUUCUGUAGAGAUGUUUUCAUAGAAACCUGGACCUCGGGACCUAAAGCCACGUUGCCUUCUGUUACUGACAGACACUUGAACAUCCCAGCCACCCUCAUACGUUUUUAAAACAAUGCUCUGCAACCGUUCAAGUUCUCAAAAGCACCCAUUACAACAAUACCAGUAGUUUUGAAAUGUUUAAAUCAUUGUUUUGGCUAAAAAAAAAAAUCUAAAUGAUUCUAAAAGCUGUGUAUGAGGUUAAAAUUGUGAUUAUUUUGCUGUUUAUAGCACCUCUUGCUUUUUUGUUUUCAUUCCAGUGUACAUUCGUUUUCUCUGAUUUUUUUUACCUUUGGUGUGUGAAGUAAUUUAUUAUUUGGGCUUAUGGAGCAUUACAUGAGUUUUUUUCUUUACUUUGCAAUAAAUUCUCUAACGUAAAAAAAUUGAUUACAGAACUCCUUCACUGCAGCCCUGCUCUGGACUAGUUUAAGACGGUGCUUGUGAUAGACCGGGCAUUUAAUUGUCCAUCACUCCUGUGCUAAACAAAACAAUUUCUCCUAAUUGUUGCCUUCAAAAAUAUUGUUGCUCUCAACCUAAAAUCUCCUUUAUUCACACAGUGAAUAUAAUGCAUACUGUUGAUUCACCAUCUUCCCUAAGUUUGGGGUUUUAUUCCAAACCAUUGAACAAUAACCAUGCCACAGGUGAUUGCGUAUUUGUUGGCUUUUUUUCUGUUUUGUACUACAGCCACUUCCACAGCUGCAGCUUUGUCACAGGUUUGCUCGAUAGUUUGUGAUGAUGAGACACAGAAAGAGAGGCUGAUCUGCAUUCCUUAUAGUGACUGAUCAUUCUGGUUUAUCUUAAACACCCCACGCAAGCUGGAGUGGAUGUUAAUGCAUGACAAGCAGUUUACAAAUUGAAUUAAUGGCAAAUGUUCAACGUUUCCACCAUUUUUACAGUGUUAACAUUGUAAUGAAAACAUCUUUGUGCAGCGGUCAGUGACAGAUGCCAGUCAAGCCUGCUUGUUGAAUAUCUCAUCGACUUUUGUACGUGUGUUUGUGCGUGAGUGUGUGUGGGUUUUUGUACUUGAAUCAUGACUUGCUUUGAGUUGAUUAAGUGAUGUCAGUGUUGCGUUAUUCAGGGUUGUCAAUAGCAUACUUGUUCCUCAAUCUACCUAUGCUGCAUUUCAGAUUUUCUAAAAGACAAAAGGUCAGUCUGAGGGAACUUUACACCUGUUGGAGGAUGGCUACUGUCGUGAGUUAUAAAUGCCAUUUACUGUAACUGUAAUACUAUUCAUGACAAUAAAGUUUUUUGUAAUUAAAAAGUA